AUGACUCUGCAUCACCGCUGCUCACUUUGUCCGCCAGUAGCUCCCUCACCAGCAGCCGAAACUGCUGCUACUGCUGCCCCAUCUAUGCUGCCAGAAUCACUAGUGUUCGACUCCUCUACACCACCUGCCACACCGCAACCCACUCCCUCCAGAGAGGGACAGACACAACACAACGCAACACAACCCCAUUUGUAUUCGAAAGGAAACAAGAGAUAUGUUGAUGAAGAUGAAGUCCUUUUGAUCAUAAUCAUCAUCAUCUACUCUCUCAACCACCGUUUCAAGAUCUUCUUAUACUUAGCGUUAGAUCCAUCGCCUGUAUUCUACCGUCUUUUUCAGGGUUUUCAAGAACUUGAAUUAAAAGAAUUCUUGGCACCUGCCAUCUGUAUAAACAGUUAUUAA